AUGGCAGCGUCUGCAUAUCACAUGGAGCAGAUUGGCGAGAGAGCCUUCAAUCACUCUUCGAACCAGAGCGCCGAAGCCGAGUAUGACCGCCUGCGCGGUUUGGCGCAUCAAGAAGCGGCCAAACGAGGGUCUUGCUUCGACCGUUCCAAAAAAGCAUAUGCGUCGAAUGAUGGUGCUUUGGCGCAUCAAUUGUCCGAGGAAGGGAAGGGGCACGGCGCAAAGAUGGAGGAGUAUAACAAGCAAGCUUCCGAUUUCAUCUUCCGAGAGAACAAUGCGCCUGGUCGCGUUGCGGACGAUACGAUAGAUUUGCAUGGGCAGUAUGUCGAGGAGGCAGAGAGAAUAUUGGAACAGAGGAUUCGAUAUGCGCGGCAGACUGGGCAGACACAUCUGCAUGUGAUUACGGGCAAGGGAAAUCACUCUACCAACCGUGUCCAGAAGAUCAAACCCGCGGUUGAACGAUUGUGCCAGGAGCUGGGCCUGCAAUAUGCCACAGAGGAAAAUGCCGGUCGCAUGUACAUCAACCUGCAAGGUGGAUCUGCGACAAUGCCGCCUCAGAAUGCAUGGCCGUCCCCAGGACAACAUCAUGGUGGCCAACAACAAGGAGGAUAUCCUGGAGCACCCCAGCAACACCACCAGGGUGGACAACAACAAGGUGGACAGCAGCAAAACAAUAACGACGAAUUAGAAAAGUUGGCGAAGAAGCUACUACCGAAGGUAUUGAAGAAGCUAGAUGGAUGCUGCCUUGUGAUGUAA